UCUACACUCUCUCAGUCAGAAGGUCUCUUAGGGCGCCGCGGAUUCAGCAUGCAGUUCAGCUUUCUGGAAUAUAAACUGUAAUCUUGCCGAGGCUCGUCCCUGCACUGCUGAAAUAAACUGCUUCUGUCCUGCCACGGAGAAGUUGUUGAGUUUGGAGAGCCACGGGACUCAGGAAAGGGAGAAGCCAUGGCAGAACACAUGAUGAUGCCCAUGAGCCACGGCCAGGCUAACGGUGGACUGCACGGGUACCGGAUGGGCAUGAACGGCCAGCAACACGCACCCCAGCCUGGCCUUAGAGCCAUGCCAAAUGGACAAAUGAUGCAUUAUGGGCCUCAGGGAGCUAUGGAAGCCAGCAUGAGGCAGCGGCCCAAUAUGGUGGGUCCCAUGAACGGGCAGAUGAAUGGCGCACCAAUGGGCCACCACCAAAUGCAGUCAGCCAACAUGAUGUACGGUAACCAGGGCCAGCAGCAGCAGCAGCAGCAGCAGCAGCAUCAUCAUCAUCACAUGCACCAGCAGCAGCAGGGACAGCACCAGCAUCCAGGGCAGCAGCAGCAGUACAUGGCUGGAAGCCUCACCUCUCAGCAGCUGAUGGCCAGCAUGCACCUGCAGAAACUCAACACCCAAUACCAUGGACACCCACUCGGGGCCAUGAACGGGAACCACAUGGGGAACGGAGGGCAGUUCCGCAUGGGUCCCGCUCAGCUGGCCAACAUGCAGCACAUGGCCGGCCCUGCUCUCGGCCUCAACGGCAUGGACACUGACAUGAUUGAUGAGGAUUUUCUUACGUCAUUGGCCAUGGAGUUGGGGCUGGAUAGAGUGCAGGAGCUUCCUGAACUGUUUUUGGGACAGAAUGAGUUUGAUUUUAUAUCAGACUUUGUCAGCAAACAGCAACCCAGCACUGUCAGUUGCUGAGACAAGGACAGUUUGACACACUGAAAGAGUGGACAUGUGGCAAGAGAAGGUGAUUACCCUGUUCUUAGUCUUGGAGCACAGAGAAGAAUAGCCAGAUGUACCUCUGGUUCACUGCUGAAAAGAGGGGUGGCGCUCCAGCCAGACUUGUGUCUCUGUAUGAAGAUGGAGUGCUAAAUAAUGCUCCUGGGCCCUCCAGACAUGAAUGUAAUAACAUUGCAGAACUAUGAGCUUUGGUGCAAUGUGAAGCACUCUUGGUCCUUCAAACAGUUUUACAUUCACAUGCAACUUACCAAUGUAGAUCACAGAAACAAUGUAAAAGCUUUGGUGGGAAAGCUCUGUGUUGGAGUUCUCAUAGGGGGGAGUGGGUUUAUGAAAUGUUUAACUUUAAUCUGAGGGUUUGGUCUUAACUUGGGAAAUAUCCAUUUAUAAUGGGUUUGUCAGUGACAGUUUCCCUGGAUCCUUUGGCUUUGUUGUGCUGGUCUACAUAAACCAAGCAAACUCAUUUAGAUAUCUUCCAGUAUCUACUGUGGAAUAUGCCAUCACAACUGUUCUAUUUGAGCUGUAGAACUGCCUUAAAUCACAACUUUAUUUAUUGCUUUCUAUUUGUCACCCUUUUGGGGUUAAGGAGGGUUAAAAAUGUGACAAGUCUUUUGUUAAUAAAGAUGGCCGGUUUUAACUGUGGCCUAAUUUAACAUUCAUCUCUGAAUUUACUGGACCAACAGAGAAUGCUGCUCAAAACAACAAGUGGGUCACAGGUUACCAUUUUGCAUCAUUUUGGUAGAGACCUUCAACGGUGAUCUUAUCGUUCUUGCCCAUAAUUUUUUUUUCAGACCAGAUUUUAAAAGUGAUUGAGAACACAAGUCACCUAGGGUGAAAACAGCUCUCUCAUUGUAGUGGGUGAUAACAAGCCAACACCAGCAAACUGAGUGGCAGCCACUUCAAUAUCCAAUGAUCCUAUUCCAUGUUAGUCUAAUUUUAAAAGCUUAAACCUAAAGGGUUGGCAUUGCCAACUUGUCUUUGCUAUGGUACGUUGUUCUUCGUGAAAUAGGGGUUCAUUUGGUGGCUGUCUUCACUCUGCCCAAAACCCAAACAGCUCUCUACAAAUGUAAAAAUACCUUUUAACUGUUAAACAAAUUGUGAGCGUGUUUGCUGGGUGGGGGUGGGGUCAGCGGAAACAGUCCAGGUUAAUCUGUGCUUACCUUGACAACGUAGGCUCUUCAAGCCUGCAGGUUUUGCUCCUGAGAACAGAAAGCUUGGGCUCCAUUUAUGGACACAGCUUGCUUAGACUUCUGAAGGGAGUUGCAAUGAUGAGCAGUUAACGCUUCAUUGUCAUUUCCUGUUUCUCAGAGGCGGGAGGAAGGGCAGAGGGAACAGCAGGACAGAAGUAAUGUAGAUGGCUACCAAGAACAUGGUUCUAUAAGGAGAACAUAAGCUGAAAAUGGUGCAUCUGAAAACCUCUGUUUCUAUUACUCUGCCCUGGACCUGUAGGUCAGGGUCAGCUGAGCUUCAAGAUUUAACUGUAGUCCUGUCGUCCUGCACAUGUACAUACAGUAAUUUUACCAAUCUAUACUUUGCUUUCCUGUCUUGAUAAUUUUAUUUUCUGCUUUGAUGGCUAAUAGAAGUUGAGCUGACCCUCUUGGCUGCCCAAAUGUCAGGGUGGACACAACUGUUUUCUCACCUUAUCUCUCGCUUCUGUUUGAAGAAAAUGUAUUUAUUUUAAGCAAUAAUAAACUAUUUUAUUUAUGGAGCAAAA